AUGAAUACAGCAGAAGCAUAUCAUCGCUCUCGAUUCAUACAUUGGUACACUUAUCCAGCCGAGAAAAAUGUUAGCUUUCUAGAUUGUGGACCAUACUUUAAAGUCACUGGACUGGAGUCGAAUGGUGCAAUCAUGUAUAUGUGUUUGGAUGGAUUACAUUUUAAAGAGGAGUAUGGACCUUCAGCUCUCAUCACUAAUGGUUUUAUAGGUAUUAAUAAAACGAAUACAACGAAUUAUCAUGUGAAAAUAACAUUUCUUGGACUGUUAGAUGAUCCAUUACCACGUUUUGCUUGUUUAUAUCAACAUUUUAAUUAUAAAAGUUUUCCCGCGGAAUUGAAUACAGUCUGUACAUUUGAUUCAAAAACUGAGAAGAAUGUUACAUGUUUAUGUACAAAGCCUGGAUUCUAUGCCCUGUGUCAGAUUGACCAUGUAACUAUGAUAUGGCGUCCAAAGAAUAAAUUGAAUAAUUAUUCAAUAACUUUUUUACAUUUAACAAUCAUAAUUACAAUUAGUGUUUUAAUGUUAGUUAUCCUGCAUAUUCGAUGCUCAACCCCAGCAAGUAGGAUAUAUGCAGGUCCAAAGCGAAGAAAAACUUGGCGAAAAUAUCUGUGCUUUGUAGAUCUUGUUCUUCAACAAUUUAUUAUUUAUAUAUGUAUGCUUGUCACUCAACUGAUCUCUAUUCGUUAUGCAAAGAAAACCAAUUGUCAGUUACUAUGGGCUCUCAGUGGUGCAUGUUAUUGGACAUCAGGACUGCUCAAUUUAGUUCAUUCGAUUAUCACUUUCUCAGCAAUAAGAAGUUAUAAUCCAUACAAAUUAUGUAUUAAAUUGACAAUUGUCACUUAUGGUGAGUUUUUGUCUUGCGCUGAUGCUCUUUAA